UGAGGGUCUUUACGGAUGGGUGCUAAUGAAUCAAGAAGAGAAAACACUAAACCCCAACUGUCUAAUUUGGACACGGAACUAAAUGUUUACUUCAAAUGUCAACUCGACCGGAGGUAUAAUACAGGUUUAACAUACUAUCCUCGGUGCAUCGGACAAUCCCCACAGCUGUGGCCGUAAGGCGGGUUUGUUCCACUUCACCUCGGAGGCCCCGCGUCCACAACUGAUACAAUCGACCGACACCGCUAGUAAAGUUUGGAUAUUUGAAGCAGUGUGUCACUCAAAAAAAUGUUCAUCAAUAUUCAAUCUAAAUGACGCCAGUUUCCUUAUGAUGGACCUCAUCGUACCAGAAAUAGUGAAAAUGUGUCUGUGUCUCAGGAACUGCAAGGUAAAAAGACGGAAACUGAAGAUAAUGGCGGUGAUGGUCAUUUUCAGUGUCGUCUGCUUGUGUUACGACCGACUAAGGCGAGGAUGGAGUUACACAAUAUACAGACAUUCCAGUUACCAUGACGUGACCCAACCGAGCACGCAAUCGGAUACGACAGAUCUUAACUUAGGACUUGAUUUGACUGACGAUAAACUGAAGGAGUAUGUUACUUCUGGUGUCGUCAUGAACGACUUCAAAUUCCUUGUCAAUUCUGAUGUGUGUAAAUCAGCUCAGUCUGUCUACGUGCUUGUCAUUGUUCCGUCUAAACCGACUAAUUUGGAUGAACGAACAGCAAUACGGCAGACGUGGGGUUCACGGUUCAAAAUGGAGGUAAAUUUGAAGCUGGUAUUUCUCUUAGGAUUGGAAGCAUCUCAUGUAGACAACCAGCUUGCCGAGGAACAAAAAACACACGCGGAUAUUGUUCAAGGAAAUUUUAUCGACUCUUACAAAAAUCUAACGCUUAAGACUGUGGCAAUGUUACAAUGGUCCAGGCAGUUCUGUCCGCUGGCUCGGUAUGUGAUGAAAGUAGAUGACGAUGUGUUUCUUGAAACAGACAACCUGCUUUCAAAGCUGAAUCUUCUGGAUACAGAGUCCCGAUUCAUAUUAGGAUACACAGACAUUGCAGAUACGCCUAUCAGGAAUUCAACGAACAAGUGGUAUGUCUCCUUUGAACAAUAUCCGUUUACGCAGUUUCCGCGUUUUGUACACGGACCAGCCUACGUGAUCUCGGGAGAUUUGGUUGCGGAUCUGUUCAAGAUAGCCCGUCAUGCACCACCGAUACACCUCGAGGACGUAUAUGUUACAGGGCUGUGUGCACAUAUUGCACGAGCUUCGCACGUGAGCACGAGCGGAGUUGGCCUUGAACCGAAACAAUGGCACGAUUGGAUUCACAGCAAGUCUGUUAUAGCUGCUCAUGGGUAUACGCCUAGCGCGAUGCGAUAUUUAUGGUUAGAAUUGGUAAAAUGGCGUCAUUUGAUACCUCUUUUGAGAUUCAUGGGGACUGUUUAUGGUUAUUAAAUUGUUUGACAAAC